CUGAAUAUAUUCUCCAUGUUAUUUCAGUGUUUAUACCACGAAACAAUACAGGCUUGACAUUCAAUCAAACAUAUAUUUACCUUUCAAGUAGCUUUUAAACAAAUGCAUAAUGUGUUGAAGCCUAGACAUUUGAAGGGAUUUAUUUAUAUUUUCUGAUUAAGACAUAGUGGAUAAAAUAAUCAAAAGAUAUUUUGUAAGCCUAUAGCCUAUCACAAGCCUAAGGUCCCACAUGCUGCAAGCAUCCUCACAUUAAUUUUUCAUACAGAGGCUUUACCCAGUUGUUGCAAGUCGUUGACAUAGUUAUCUCGCAAAACUCUCUCCUGAAACAAAUGUAUAGGCAUGUGUUCAAACACAUUCCCGGUAAAAGAAAAAAAAAGAAAAAGAAAAAAGUAAAGCUUUACUAAAAAAGAAAAAAAUAGGAAGAGAAAGACACCUACGUGACGUCAUCUUAGUCAGUCUCGUGUGUUUACGUGGAUAACAUGGCGCCGACUGUGUGGCUGUCGAAUGGAGUCAGCACUUAGCCUAGUGUGAGAAUCCGACGUGCUGUUAGGGCCGAGGAUAAGACUGCUUAAUGUUCACAUCCAGUCUUAUUUAAACACUUGGCUCCUAUUCAGCGACAAUUCGCAUGAAGCCCGUUUCUUUCUCCAACAGCUACAGGGACAACGGUUAUGGAAGACGAGGAGCGACAGAAAAAGCUAGAGGCCGGCAAGGCAAAGCUGGCCGAGUACCGUCAGCGGAAAGCCCAUGCUGACGGACAGAAGAAACAGAAGAAGAAGAAGAAGAAGAAGGGGGCGGAGGAGCCCUCCGUGAGGGAUGAAGGGGCUGAUUUAGAGCCUUCGGGUGGGGAGGACGUGGGGGGAGGUGAGACCAGAGAACCCCCCCAGACGGAGUUCACCUUCGCUCGCACCCUCCGCAGAGGCGAAACCGUCAAACACGACCAGACCUAUACCAUAGAGCCUGAAAGUGAGAUGUCUACCACAGCAGAAGACUACUCCACAGAGGUCAAUGGCUGCCUUGAGAUGACAGACAAAGCCACGGAGGCUCCUCAGGACUUCCUUUGGGAAGAGGACCUGCGGCAGUCUGUGCCCCCAUCAGAUGAUCAGGACCUGCUGGGCCCUCCUCAGGACCGACUCCAGGGGAUGGACGACGAGCUGGCCGCUAAGACCCAGGCCCUGGAGGAGCUCACCGGGGAACUGGAGGACAUCCGCGCUGCCUUUGGCUCCGAGGGCAUGCAACAGCUGCAGGACUUUGAGGCGGCGCUGAAGCAGAGGGACGGCAUCAUCACCCAGCUCACCGCCAACCUGCAGCUGGCACGCAAGGAGAAGGACGAGGUCAUGAGGGAGUUCCUGGAACUGACCGAGCAAAGCCAGAAGCUCAAGAUUCAAUUCCAACAGCUGCAGGCAGGCGAGACUCUGAGGAACAGCAGUCACAGUAGCACCGCGGCCGACCUCUUCCAGGCACGUCAGCAGCUCGUACUCUACCAGCAACAGCUGGACGAGAAGGACGUGGAGGUCAAAGGUCACCAGGAGCACAGCGAGGAACAGCGGCUCCAGAUCAGCCAGCUCCAACAGCGCCUCAGCCACAUAGAAACGGUGGGCACACACGCAGAAGAGUCACUUGCACUGAAAUUACAGGACAAAGAGCAGCUGGUGGCCAAGCAGGACAGGGCCAUGUCCGAACACGAGCACUCGCUCAAACGCCUGAGGGAGGAGCUGUUCGCCUCAGAGCAGCAGCGGACCGAUCUGAGCCAGUGGCUUGCCGCUAAGACCCAGGAACUGGAGACUACUAAGGCAGAGUUUGAGAGAAACCAGGCAGAGCUUGAGAGGAACCAGGCAGAGCUUGAAUGUACCAAGGUGGACCUUGAAAGAACGAAAGUUGAUUUUGAAAAAAACAAGGUUGAGUUUGAAAGCGGUAGGUCGGAUCUUGAGAGGGUCACGAAAGAGUUUGAGAGCAGCAAGAUGGAGUUCGGCGGCAACAGGUCGGAGUUUGAGAGCUUGAAGAUGGAGUUUGAGAACAGUAGGGAGGAGCUCGCGAGCAACAAGGAGGAAAUGGAAAGCAACAGGGUGGAACUCAACGGCAACAAAGCGGAGCUUGAGAGCAGCAGGGUGGAACUUGAGAGUCUUAGGGCAGAGUAUGACAGCAGCAGGGCGGAGCUUGAGAGCAGCAGGGCGGAGCUUGAGAGUCUCAGGGCAGAGUAUGAUAGCAGCAGGGUGGAUCUUGAGAGCAGCAAGGCGGAGCUUGAGAGUCUUCGGGCAGAGUAUGACAGCAGCAGGGCGGAGCUUGAGAGCAGCAGGGCGGAGCUUGAGAGUCUUCGGGCAGAGUAUGACAGCAGCAGGGUGGAGCUUGAGAGCAGAAGGGCGGAGCUUGAGAACAACAGGGCGGAGCUUGAGAACAGCAUGGCCGAGCUUUCGUCCUCCCGGCAGAAGGAGCGUCUGUCGUCGGCGGAGAUCCUGCAGUUGAUGGGCACAGUGGAGGACCUGCAGCGGCGCUGCCACCGCGGCAGCCUCUCUGAGGGCGAGGCCCUGCAGCGGGCCGAGGAGGACGCCACCCGGCAGCUGGAUCGCCUUCGCGGCGAGCUGGACGAAAUGUACGGCGAGCAGAUCGGGCAGAUGAAGCAGGAGCUACGUGCGCAGCACGCCGCCGAGCUGGAGCGCCUGACGCAGCAGCACGCCGCCGGGCUGGAGCGUCUGACGCAACAGCACGCCACCGAGCACGAGCGCCUCCGCAGCCAGUCAAUGCAGAGCUGCGGCGAAGUGAACCAGAUGAGUGCCCGCAUCAUCGAGCUGCAGCAGAAGCUGCAAGAGUCGCAGGUGCUGCGCGAGAGGGCCCGCCAGGACCUUUCACAGACGGCCGAGGAGAAGCUCAGCCUGCAGAGCCAGGUGAAGGACCUCCACAAGGAGCUGCGCUUGGCCCGUGAGAAGGUCGAGGCAGCCUCGUUGAGCACCGUGAGUGGCCAGGGCGAGGCCGCCCGCAUCCGUGACACCGUCUCCGAGCUGCAGGCCCAGCUGGCCGAAGCGCGAGAGGCAGCGGGCGAGCUGGAGGCUAAGCACGAGUCGGAGGUGACCAACUACAAGAUCAAGCUGGAGAUGCUGGAGCGCGAGAAGGACGCGGUGCUGGACCGCAUGGCGGAGUCGCAGGAGGCCGAGCUGGAGAGGCUGCGCACAGCGCUGCUCUUCAGCCACGAGGAGGAGCUGGUGCGCCUGCGCGACGACCUGCAGCGCGAGAGCCAGCUCAACGUGGAGAACCUGCGCGACGAGCUGGGCCUGCGGCGCGCCGAGGCCCUGGAGCACCUGCGCGCCUCCCACGAGGCCCAGCUGCGGCAGGCCGAGCACGAGAAGGCCGACCUGGCGGAGGAGAGGGACGCGCUCCUCGGGGAGAUGGAGGCGCUGAAAGAGGAGCUGACGCGGGCGCUGGAGGGCUCCCGAGCCGAGGAGCUGGUGGAGCGGCUGAGGGAGAUGCAGCUGCAGAUCGAGGAGUUAAGGGAGCGAGAGAGCGAGAGACUGGACGUGGAGACGGAGAGAGAGAAAGAGGCGCGGGAGGAGCGCGACGUGCUGCUGAGGGACAUCAAAGAGCGCGAGCAGAACUGGGAGAACAAAAGCCGAGCGCUGGAGAAGGAGUCCAGGAAGAUGAGCGAGGACAACGCCGCCAUGAGGGACGAGCUGGAGCUGCUGAACGAGGACAGAGAGAUGGUGCGGUCGAAGAUGGACGCCCUCGCCACCGAGAACGAGAGCAUGCACCAGCGCGUCGACGAGCUGCGGGAGGAGAUCGAACGGCAGAGGAACACCUUCUCGUUCGCUGAGAGAAACUUCGAGGUGAACUACCAGGAGCUGAAGGACGAGUGCACGUGCCUGGCCGGUGAGAAGGCACAGCUGGACGAGAGGGUCCGCCACGACACCCUAGAGUACGAGGCCAAACUAAACGCUCUGCGCUCACAGAUCCAGCAGGUCUCAGCCACCCCGACGCCCCUUGAUGGAGGUGAGGUGGAGAAGGACACCACCGAGCUGAUGGAGAAACUUCAGACGUCAGAGAAGGAGAGAGAGAGCUUGUCCCUGCAGCUCACCGAGGCUGCUGUCCGUCUGCAGGAGAGGGAGGUGGAACUGAGGGAGAAGGAGGCGGAGCUAGAGCAGCUGGAGGAGGAGCUUCGCCUUACGCAGGAGGAGAUGGGAGAGGUCAGCGCUCGUAUCAAAAAACUGGAGACCGAGAGAGCGACAGCAAUACAAAAAGUCCAGCCAACACAGCUUCACGCACAAACGCCACCACAAACGGCACCACCGCUUCAGCAGUCCCUUGCCCCCCGUCAGAGCUCGUGCUCAGUGGAGGAGCAUCCGGUUCGCCUGGCCUCUCUGGAGCAGGAGGUGGAGGCUCUGCGAUCCCAGCUGCAGGCUGCCGAGCGGGAGAGGCGACGCGCGGACGAGCAUCACGCAGCCCUGCAGCGAGAGAAGGACGGGCUUGCCGGGCAGCUCCAUCAGCAAGCGCGAGCACAAGCACCUGUUGAGGGUCUAGCCCCCUCCACCACCACCACCUCCUCCUCCUCCUCUUCGUCCUCCCCCCACCUUUCCCUCUCGUCCGCUCUCCCUGCUGCCGUCUCGCAGUCAGCGCAGAGCAAACGCAGGCAGCGGAAGAGGCAGAGGCAGCGGCAACAGGAGACUCGCAAAGAGCAGCAAAGCACAGAGCUGCUGGAGGAGAGAGAGGGAGAAGAGGAGGAACAGGAGGAGAGAGUUCAAGAGGAGGAGAGAAAGGAGGCUGGCAGGAGAGAAGCGAGCGAGCCGGCGGAGAGGAGACGACAGGGGAUGCUGCAAAAGCACCGACUCGCCGACGGUGAGAGGCAAGGGAGCGGAGACACGAAGCAGCUCCACGUCAUGCCGUCUGCUCCACAGGAGGAGGGCAGCGUGAGUGCCGACGACAGCGAUGGUGAGACAUCAUCAACAUCCGCCGUCCGUCCGAAUGCUGAGACCGCUCGCUCAGAGGCCGGGGAUCAUGCGGAGUGUUUGCUGCGGCUGGAGGCUCAGCGCAUCAGCCUGUCUCAGAUCCAUGCGGCGCAGCUGGAGCUGCAGAGAGAGAGCUGGCAGGAGCAGACGCAGCAGCGACUGCACCCUCUGGAGCAGGAGAUGCAGCGCCUGCAGCAGGGGGAGAGAGCAUACCAAGAGGAAACCAGGUCUACAAAAUACCAGAAUGUAAUUCAGGCCAUCUCAGAAGAAUGUAAACAGGUCAUACAGUCAUUUGUUACUCUACUCGGUGAGGAGCUGCUUCUCUCUCUACCAUCUGAAGAAGAUGACGAGGAGUGGACAAGAGCAGCUGCUCCAACCACCAAAGUUACUGAUCCAAGGUCACUGGUGCAGGAGGCUAAAGAUCUGUGCAACAGCCUGUACCAGCUAAGAGACCGCAUCACACAGGAAUGCAGUCGCCUCCAGCACCUACAGGCCUCACUGAUGGCUGAUGGGGACAAGGUGGCGUCACUGCAGCAGGCCUAUGAGGAGCUGAGGAGGACCAGCGAGGAGGACAUCUCUGACCUGCGGACGCAAACCCGCGCCCCCUCCCUAACCCAGGCUUCUGCUGAUUGUCACGACCUCCAUGAGCGAGGGCAGUUGCCCGCGGCGCAGGCCGACGCCUCCGAGCGCUUAAGGGCGGAGUUCCAGGAGCGUCAGGCCCAGCUGGAGCAGCACCACCAGCAGGAGGUGGAGCGCCUCCGCAGCUACUACCAGCAGCAGGCCAAGGAGACGCAAGAGCGCUACGCCACCGAGGUCAUCCUGCUACAGCAGAGGCUCCAGGAGCUCACUGGCACAGAGGCAGAGUUCAGCAUACCGAACAUCACGGAACAUCCCAUGCCAAAAGAAGAGGAAGGUGAAGGGUUUAAGUUUGAGAAGGAUGCUGACGUAGAGGCAGAGCUGCAGGCGGCGUCUUUGAGGUCGUCAUCGUCCACGGCGGCAGGGCUGUCACGGCAGCUGCAGACGCUCAGACAGGCUCUCUACCACAAGUACCUCCAGGAGGUGACUGCCCUGAAGGAGCAGCACCGCGCCGAGCUGGAGCGCCUGCAGAGGGAGAGGCGAGGGGAGGAGGAGGAGGAGGAGGAGGAUGGAGAGGAGGAGGGGCACCCAACGGUCAACGGAGAGCAGAGGUCCAGCAAGAGACGGGGAGAGCAGCUGACCCACUCUUUGGAAAGGGUGGAGGAGGAGAUUGCUAAGGUCAUAGUGCAUAUGUCAGUGGAGUUCGCCCAGCAAAGUGAGCUGGCUCGUUUGGCCAAGCAGGCACGGGAGACCUCCUCAGCCAUGCAGACCCAGCUGCCAGAGGAGGAGCAGGAGGAGGAGGUGGUCGACGGCCUAGGGCUCCCCGCUGAGGACCUCCGGGAGGUGCGGGGGAGGCACCGGGAGGAGAUGCAGCGCGUGGAGUCUGAGCUGCGCGAGCGAACGGAGGAGCUGCACGCUCUCAGGGAGCAGCUGAGGGAGGCCGGAGGAUGGGCGGCGCAGACCCGGACGCCCGUAGCGACGGCGGCGGCGGCAGAGGAGGAGACGGUGGCAUGGGGCCCGGCAGCGCGAGCCCACGCCGAGCCCCACACAAAGGCUGAGGCGAGUGCUGGGUCGGAGGCUCUGCUGGAGGAGCUGCAGAGGGAGCUGGGGCAGCAGGAGCAGGAGCACUGCAGGGCCCUGGAGAAGCUCCGGUCCGCCCACGCCAGCCAGCUGGAGGAGCAGAGAGACCAGCAGCUCCAGCUCAGCGCCCAGCUCCAGAAACUCCACGCGCAGCUAGAACAGAGGGAGGCAGAGAUGAGAGAAGCAGAUGAGGGACAGACCGUGACGAGAGAGCGACACGCGCUGCAGAAGCAGGACUACAGCGUCCAGAGCACCUCCACACAGACAGAGCAGCAGGGCCGAGAGGAUGAAGAGGCGGAGAGGCCGAGGAAGAGGAAGGAGGAAGUAGGAAGAGGGGGCACGUCGGGAGCUCUCUCGCCAGAUCCUCAUGACACAUCCUCUGAUGUCAUCACCACAGAGAGGAACCUGCUGCGUAAGGCUAAUGAGCGGCUUCGCCAGGUGCUUACCGAUGUUCUCAAGACCACCGCUGCUGCUGAGGAGACCAUCGGGCGUCAUGUAGAGGGCCUCCUGGAGGCCACCAGCAGGGGGCAACACUCGCCCCAAAGGCCCACCUGGCAGAGGGGUCCGACCGAGACCUUCAGGCCCUUCAGUAGCCACUCCACUGGACCCACCGGAGACGGGUCGUCUGAGAGUUGCCAUGGCAGCGAGACGGCAGCGGACGACGCGAGCGUGUGGUCGGGCGAGACGGAGGUGGACGAGGGCCUGGAGAUGUCGCAGCAGCUGCUGGAGGGCUCGCUGGCCGGGGCGGUGCUGGAGAACGAGGAGUACCUGACCACCAUCAGCACCCGCCUGCAGGCCGCCGUGGAGAAGCUGCUGCUCGCCAUCACCGAGACCACCAACCAGCUGGAGCAUGCUCGUGUGACGCAGACGGAGCUGAUGCGGGAGUCCUUCCGUCACGGUGAGGAGGUGCAGGACCUGCUGAGGCGGCAGGAGGAACUGCAGGAGCAGCUCAAUGAGGAGGCGCGCGCCCGCGAGCAGCUGGCCCUGGAGCUCCACAGGGCAGAAGGUUUGAUUGACGGCUACACGGGCGAGCGGGCGGAGCUGGAGGCGCAGGUGCGUCACAAGGAGGAGCUGCGCCAGCAGCUGGAGCAGGAGCUGCAGGUGACGGGCAGCCGGCUGCAGGAGCUGGAGCACGAGCGGCAGCACAUGCAGCAGGAGCGGGAGCUGCUGUCACGCCAGCAGGACGCCAUGAGGGACGAGGCCGGGCCUCGCGAGCUGCACCUGCUGGAGGAGACGGAGAAGCUGAUGAUGGAGAAGGUGGAGGUGCAGCUGCAGGCGGAGAAGGAGAGCACCGUGCUGCAGAAGCAGCUGAAGCUUCUAGAAGCCGAGCUGGAGGAACAGGUGAACCGCGGCAUCGAGACGGAGCAGGCCCACAGCACCGAGGCCGCAGACCUGCGCCAGCAGAUCCAGGCCUUGGAGAAGCAGCUGGAGAAGAACCGCAAGUUCCUGGACGAGCAAGCGAUGGACAGGGAGCACGAGCGCGAUGUCUUCCAGCAGGAGAUCCACAAGCUGGAGCAGCAGCUGAAGAACCCUCCCAAAUCUCAGGGCGCCAGCGAGCAGAGAGACCGAGAGGUGGAGCGUCUGAACACUCAGCUGCAGGAGAAGUCGGACUGGUGCAGCGAGCUGCUGCUGCGGAGCGAGCAGCUGCAGCGGGAGGCGACCGAGCGGGACGAGGAGCUGGAGCGGCUGGGCGAGCGCGUGCACCAGCUAGAGCAGGCCCUGCUCACCAGCACAGACGCCCUGCACAGGGUGGAGGAGUCUCGGCAGCAUGCCCCCAUGACUGAGGCUGAGCAUGGCACCCUGGAGGCCCAGCUGCAGACGGAGAGGGAGGCGCUGGACAGGAAGGAGAAAGAGAUUAGUAAUCUGGAGGAGCAGCUGGAGCAGUUCCGUGAGGAGCUGGAGAACAAGAACGAGGAGGUGCAGCAGCUCCACAUGCAGCUGGAGAUCCAGAGGAAGGAGCUGAGCAGCCAGCAGCUGGAGCUGGAGGCCAAGGCCAGCCUGCUGGAGGUGAUGGAGCAGAAGGAUAGGGAGAUAGCCCUGCUCAAUGAGCAGCUGGCUAAGCUCCAGCACAUGGAGGCCACCCCCGACAACAAGGUGAUGGAGGAGCGCAGCGAGCAGGUCCGGGAGCUGGAGUCGCAGGUGGAGAUCCUGCGCAGUGAGCAGGAGCGCCUGAAGCGCAGCAGCGAAGAGGAGGUGGACCAGCUUCACGCCGUCAUCGACAAGCUCCAGCAGGAGAUCGCCAACAUCGAGCACAAGCCGCCACACAGCCUGCACACUGAGGAGGAGGAGGAGGAGGAGGAGGAAUAUCUCCGCCAGGAGGAGAUGGACGAGAUGAAGCAGCGCAUGGACGAGGUGACGCAGGAGCUGGACACGGUUAAGGCCGACUAUCAUGAGCUCCAGGAGCGCUACCACAGCCUCCGGGAGGAAGGGGCGUCUGCGGAUAAGGCCGCCACCGAGGUCCAGGAGGUGCUGAGGGAGAAGACCGCCGCCCUGGUGGUGGCCCAGGCAGAGGUGCAGGCCCUGGAGCAGAGCGCCAGCUCCCGGGUGGACGUGCUGAGCCAGCGGGUGGAGGAGCUAGAGUCCUGCGUGGAGGAGAAGGACCUGGAACUGGAUGUGUGCCGGUCCAAGGUGGUGCAGGCCCAGGCUGACGCCUCCGGCCUCCACCGCAGGGUGACCGAGCUGGAGGAUAAACUCAGGGAGAAGGUGGCCGCCAUGCUGGUCAGCCAGGCUCAGCUCGGAGCCAUCCGGGCCCAAACCAAAGAGCUCCAGCUUGGGGCCAGCAUGGAGGUGGAGGAUCUGGGUGGCCUGACAUCACUGAGCCCCCUGGGGGAGCUAGGGGCACACAGCUUCAGCUCGAUGGCAAGGACUGCCAGCAGAUCCGCACUCCCAGCGGGUAAGGUGGGCCUCCUGACGGAGAAGCUGAGGGAGCUGGAGGAGGGCCUGUGCGGCAUGCAGAAGGACCAGGAGCUCCAGAAGCAGCUGCUGUCCAGCUCGGAGGAGGAGGUGAUGGAGUACGAGAGGAGGCUGGCCGUGCUGAUGGACCUGCUCAGCCAGAUGAGGACAAAACCAACCCAGCAGAGGACAUCGCUCUCCUCAGAGGCUUCAGGAAGUGAGGCGUCUGUGCCUGAGCUCCUCCAGGAGUUGCAGGAGGUGCAGGAGAAGGGCAGGGCUACUGACGAGGAGCUGAUCAGCCUCAGGGAGCACAGCCACAAACUACAGCAGGAGCUACAGAUCAAAGAUUUAACAAUGGCUCAGCUACAAGAGGACCUCAAGGAGGCUUCUGAGGGUGGCACUGUGGAGGACCCUGCUGUUGUGUCAGAGCUGCGUCAGGAGCUGGAGGAGGUGCGUGAGGAGGCGUCCUCCACCAAAGAGGAGCUGAGUCUCUACAGGGAGCGCAGCGACAAACUACAGGAGGAGCUGCUGGCAAGAGAGAUGACCAUAGCACAGCUGAAGGACAAACUCCACCGGGCUUCUGGGGUGGACGGUGAGGGCUCUGUGACCGAGCUGCUGCAAGAGCUGCAGGAGGUGCGUGAGGAGGCAUCCUCCACCAAAGAGGAGCUGAACAGCUACCGGGAGCGAUGCGACAAGCUCCAGCAGGAGCUGCAGCUCAGGGACCUCUCCAUCGGCCAGCUCCAGGAGGAGCUGCAGAGGCUGCAGAGCGCGCUGGCACAGUCAGAAGAACAGCAGGCGGCCCAGGCGGCCCAGGCAGCCCAGGCAGCCCAUCAGCAACAACAACAACAACAACAACAACAACAACAGCAGCAGCAGCAACAGCAGCAGCAGCAGCAACAGCAGCAGCAGCAUCAGCAUCCACCCCACUCCCAGCCCAAGAAGAAAGGAGGCAAGCCAGAUCACCACAGUGGGAAGAACAAGGGAGGCGGUGGAGGGAAGGACAGGCCCUCGCUCUCAAGGAAGAACUCUGGGAUCAUGCAGCCAGAGAAGUCCCCCUCUCCCUCAUCCUCCGUGAAUGGGAAUGGUCGGGCACAGGCAGCUGUUGGCGUUGACGUGGCAACACAGACGAAUCUGGGGCCGAUGGCGGCGACAGCAGCAGCAGCAGCGGCGGUGCCUGAAGUAUCACUGGCCUCGGAGGAGGUGGCGGAGGUGAUCGGGGAGUACCAGGAGAGGAUCGGGCAGAUGCAGGAGCUCCACGCCGCCGAGAUCAUGGACAUGGAGGCCAGGCACAUCUCCGAGAGCGAGGGACUGAGGAGGGACGUGCAGGCCCUGGAGGAUGAGUGCAGAGCUCUGAAGGCCAUCAUUGACAAACUCCGGAGCUCUGAGGCUAUGCCAUCCAGACAAGAACAUGCUCCUGGACCACAGGUCAAAGAUGGCUAUACAAGUGAUAGCAGUUCGGACUGGAGCCAGCGCACCGGGUUUGACCAGCACCAAGAGUUCAGAACCACCCCUGAAGGGGCCAGACGGGACAACGAGACCGACGUUCUCCCCGACAGAAUUAAGAGUCUGUUACGUGAGGUUCACACGGAGGGCAUGCAGGUGCUCUCGCUGUCUGAGCUGCCCUGCGGGGAGGGGGCUGAGCUGGGCCCGCACCUGCCCCUCCAGGGCUGGACCAAAGAGAGGGAGGCCCUGAUGGCCACCGUGGAGUCCCUCAAAACCCUCAUCGCCAAGCUGCAGACGCACAAGGGAGCACAGGGUGCGGGUGACUGGCGCGGGGAGCUGCUGGGUGCGGUGCAGCAAGUGUUCCGGCGUGAGCGGGACGUGCUCAAGAGCGCCCUCUACAGCCAGCUGGAGAUGCUGGACACCAGCGACGCAGUCAUCCACCUCAACCAGCUGGAACACAGGCUCAGAGAACAGGAUGCUCAGCACAGGGAGGCCUUGGGCGCGCUGCACACCGCUGACAGGAACAGCCUGCUGACAGAAGUGCGGCAGCUCCGAGCCCAGAUGGAACAUCUGCAACUGGAUACGGGCGUCAGGGAGAUCAUGUCUCCAUGGCAACAGUCACAGCAGCAUCCACAAGAAGAAGAACAACAACAACAACAACAACAACAACAACAACAGCAGCAGCAGCAGCAGGAUGUGCCCAUCACCGGCGUAGCUGCUGGUUCCCAUGAGCACGAGCCUGAGAGCGGAGGGCCACAGCCCGGAGCAGGGAGCCCUCAGGACCAGCAGGCCGUGCGUGCGGAGCGUCAGCUCCUGGAGGAGAUCAAGAGUGAGCUGGCCCAGACUAGACUGGAGCUGGAGACCACGCUCAAGGCCCAACACAAACACCUGAAGGAGCUGGACACACUCAGGGCGGAGCUGACCCAGAAGGCUGCAGAGGUGGACUCUCUGAACGACAGGCUGGCGGACGAGCAGAGGGAAGCAAGGGAGAUCCAGUGGGCCCUGGAGAAGGAGAAGUGCAAGUCGGAGAAGAAGGAGGAAGGGGAGAGAGAAGAGCUGGAGGACCUGAAGCUGUCGCUGGUGGAGCAGCAGAACCUGGUGUCGGAGCUGAGCUCCAGCCUGGAGGAGGAGACGCAGCAGUGCGCCCAGCUCAAGGCCCAGUUCCAGGAGCAGCAGCGGCAGCAGGAGGCCCAGCAGGCCCAACAGCAGAGCAGAACCAAGGAGCUGCAGGUGCAGUUGGAGAGCCAGCAGGCCCAGGCCCAGGAGCUGCAGGGUGCCCUGGGGAGGGAGAGGGAGCUCAGCACGCAGCUCAGGCAGCAGAAAGCAGCCAGAAGCCCCACUGACGCUAGCGCACAAACACCAGAGGGAGACUCACCCGAUGGAGUCUCUCGGGCUGAGCGGGGCUGCAGUCAGGUGGAGGACGCGGUGGGCUCCAUGGAGGUGCUGCUGCAGUCUCUGCAGACGGAGCUGGAGCAGAAGCAGGCGCGCGUGGUGCAGCUGCUGGGCGAGCUGGAGGCGCACAAGCUGGAGGCCGUGCAGCAGGGUCGCCGCUGGGACGAGGAGCGCAGCGCGCAGGCCGCCCGGGCCGCCGAGGAGCAGCGCGCCCUGGAGGAGGCUCGCACGCAGCUGGAGCGGCUGCAGAAGAGGCAGGAGGAGACGCAGGUGCGCGUGGAGGGAGAGAAGGAGCGCGCACAGAGGCUGGAGAAGGAGAGGGACUCGCUGCAGGAGAGAGUGGCCGAGCUCAGCCAAUCAGCGGUGGGCAGGGAGGCCACGUCUCCGCCCACCAACCAGAUGGCUCAGGCGCUGUGGCGGGGAGAGGGUGGCGACCGCACCAGAGACUGGGUGCUGCAGCAGAAGAGCGGAGACGGCCUCACCCUCCACUCCAGCACACCCUCGCUGCUCGAGCAUGCUGCCGCUGGCGUCGCCGUGGCAACCGAGGCCAAAAUCAACAGCAACAGCAACAUGGACCGAGUGGUGCAGAGGCUCCAGCUCAUCGCCUCCAAGAUCAAGGGCAUGACCAGUGACGCCAGUGGCAGGUUGACAGGCGGUGAGGUGGACAGAGAGGGUCUUGCGUGGCUCCAGAGUAAUGUUGAUGAGGUGCUGUCCAUGCUACAGCACAAGCUCCCAUCACAGACACCAGCCCCAGCCCCUGAGAGCGCCGCCCUCCUGGGAGGCAGCAGCUCCAGCGUGCUGACGGAGCGCCUGCUUAGGCAGAAUGCUGAGCUGACGGGCUUCGUGAGCCGCCUGACGGAGGAGAAGAAUGACCUGCGCAACCAGCUGCUGCGCCUGGAGGACGAGCUGAGACGCCUGCGCCAGAGGGGCCUGGGCUCCGACAGCUCAAGCAGGAAGGGCGGUGAGCAUCAGGAGCUGGCGGUGCUGAGCGUGGAGCGGGAGGCGUGGGGCCGGGAGCGCACGCGCCUGGAGAAGGGCCUGCGGCUGGCAGAGGCAGAGCUGACACGUCUCAGAGGAGAGAUGCGCAACGACACGCUUAGGGACAUGAGUGGCCCUGACGCUGACAACGCAGCACUGAAGCGGAUGUACGGGAAGUAUCUGCGUGCCGAGAGCUUCCGGAAGGCUCUGAUCUACCAGAAGAAGUACCUGCUGCUGCUGCUGGGCGGCUUCCAGGAGUGCGAGGAGGCAACGCUGGCACUGAUCGCCCGCAUGGGCGGCCACCCGUCGCCCGCCUGCCUGGAGAACAUCACCCAGCGCCGCCGCGGCUUCACCCGCUUCCGCUCCGCCGUCAGGGUCUCCAUCGCCCUCUCCAGGAUGCGUUUCCUGGUGAAGAGAUGGCACAAGGCCACUGGCACAGGCUCUGGCACCUCACCCUGUGUCAACAGAAACGGCCUGAGCCAGAUCACAGGUGGGGAAGGGAGGCACGACUCCCCGUUCCUGCACCCAGGCAUUGUGGAGGUGUACGGGGACCGGCGCGGGAGCAGCAGGGGCAGGACCGGCCGCGACUCCCCCCGCUCAACCCUCUCUGCCCAACACAGGUACCAUGGCGUGGCUGGGGAACCAGGUGGAGGGACACCAUGCUCUCAUCUGCUGAACUACGACCCUGACCGUGCACUUACAGACUACAUUGCCAGGCUGGAAGCACUGCAGAGGAGGCUGGGCAGUGUGCAGUCAGGUAAAGGGUCGUCUUCAUAUGCUCAAUUGCACUAUGGAAUAAGAAGAUAAAUUGACUUCUACAUUGGAACUGGCUUGAAAAAAAAAAACUACUCAGUUGCCUUUUCUUGUGCUGAGCUGCUGUGUUUUUUGUACUCUCAUGAUGACGCUAUUUAAUGUAUACUCUGUGGGACCAAAACCAUCAUUUUUUUUCCAUCUGUUCACCAGACCUAAGGGUCGCCAGCACCAGAAACUGCUUCUUCAUGUAUGUACAUUAGUCUGCUUGUUGUUAUUAUUAUUCUCAUAAUUAUUAUUAUUAUGACUAUUAUCUGUUGUGGAUGAAAUUACAAUCAUGUUUCCUAAAUGUAUAUUUGUGGAAUGCUAAUUUAAGAGAAACCUUUUAAUUUAUAUACUGUGCAAUGUAUGUUACUUGUGGGUGGGAGACUAAACACAUAGGGAAUGUUGGGCUUUACUACGAGGAGGCUGCUAAUGAACACACUACACUGUGGUUUGCCAGCACGGUUUCUUGAGACAGACUACAGAGAACAUUUGUAGUAGAGGACAUAUUUUUGUAAAGGGUAGGAGCUUUGAAUUUUAUGGGUAUUUUGUCAACAUUGAAAUAAAGAUUAAUAUAAUAUUUCAAA